GUGGCCUCGGCAGAUGGCCUCAUCCAAUGGGCUGUGUCGCUACGGCGCCCGCAUCGACUGCUGCUGGGGAUGGACCCGGCGCUCCUGGGGUCACUGCCAACGUGAGUAGUGCCAACUCUACCGUGCCCGCUGCUGGGUUAGGGUUACCGGGGGCAACCAGGGUUACCGACAGGGGUUGCCAUGGGUUACCAGGGUGUAGUUGCUGGGGUCUAACCACAAUUGGGGUGUAGAAAGAGGAUUAAACACCAGUGUAGAAGACAUAUAGUAACUAAGGGCUCUGGAACACACUCUCCCAACGAGUACACGGCACACACACUCGUUCAUAGGCACAUACGUGGACAUACACACACAAAGUGUGAAAGCAGGACAUUCUUUGGGGGAAAUAUUGAUUCUUUCUGUACCGCGUUCUGGAAAACACACUGACAUUUUCACUGCUGCUGUUGAGUUUUCUGUGUUGGGGGAAAUAUAUUCUAGCCGAGAAUAAGGCUCUAAUGAGCAGAUUCCCAUUAUAAGCCUGUAGCCAUAUAAACAGAUAAUUGUAAAUGAUUGCCGUGAAUGUACAGUAUAUUUACUAAAUGUCAUUUAUAUGUAAAUGCAGGUGUGUAGGGAAUCAAUUUGGUGACAUUUUGAGUAAACCCAGUCAUGGAUUCAGAGGAUGCCCCUACUGUAAAUAUAUAUUGUUUUACUAGAAUGAGCCUACUUUAGCCUCAAUAUACCUCGUUUUACUAGAAUUAACAGUGCUACAGUAUUACAUUAUACCACCAUCUGAUAUUAUAUUGACCCUUAAUAAAAUAUCUAGCCCUAUGGUCAAAUAUUGACUCUUAUGGAAACAGAGAAGCAUUGGCUGCUGCCAUACUGUGUAAUUAUAUCCUGCAGAGAUGUGUGAAUGAUAUUAAUAGGGAGCGCUGAACGUGUCGAGCAGCCUGACAAAUGGGAGAUACACUGCAUGGCUUGGUGCACACAUGAUGAUACAGCUGUUGCUUCGGCUGCGGAAGUGUGAUGGGUGACACAACGGGCUUACUUACGCACAACAUGUAGAGAGUAGACUGAGAGAGAGAGACUGGGCUGCAUGUUGGCUCCGCCUCUGUCAAUCUACUAACCUAGAAGCCUUGGGGGUGGGGGGGUAUAAUGCUUCAUGUCAUAGUUAUAAUACUUCAUAUCACCUUCAUAACCUUUCACCUCAUGUAUUUUGUUGAGCUGUUUUGUUUUUGUUGUUUUUUUGCUAAUCACUUGUCAUGACUCAUGCUAUAAUCAUGCUAGAUUUGUUGGUGUUUGUUCAUGUUGUAUUUUUUUUAGACAAAAACUCAAAUGGAACACUGCUGGUCCCUGUCCAAAGGUAUUUACUUCACUUCAAGGUCUAUUGUUUCCGUUUGGCACUGGGCCCUGUUAUGGUAGCCUGGUCCCAGAUCUGUUUGUGUUGUCCUACAAUGACCAGAGAAGCUAGCAAGACAGUACAUACUGACCUGGGACCAGGCUACUGUAAUGGCGGCCCGCCUAGUGCCCUUUCCUUCUCCCCUAGGUGAGGGUGUUGAGCUCAGUAACCUUCACUUGGUUUAGGUUUGGCAUCAGGCCCUCCUUUCAGACGCUCUGUUACAGCGGUCGACCUAGUGCCCUUUCCUUCUCCACUAGGUGAGCGUGUUAGUGUUGAGUUGAGUAACCUUAGUGCCUGUAGGUCCACUUAUCGUGUCAGAUGAACAUUCUGCCUCAACGCCAGCUGACUCUCCUCUUUAUCCCUCGCUCCUCAUUUGAGGUGAAAAGAAAAACAGAAUAUGGUAAUUGCAUUCUCACAUAUACCCUAGCUUGAGAAAAACAAGUUAUGGUAAUGACAUAGCUACUCAGACUGAGAGCCAGACCAAGACUGUGCUUGGAGGGACCUCAAGAGACGAGGCUCAAGACAAAGUAGCAGAAUGGGAAGCAUUUGCGGUUGCUAUUAUUUGCGACAGCCAAGGCCCCAACAUGUCGCUAGGCUAGAUAGCUAAGAGCUCUGCUGUCGUGUUGGCAGGAAUCACUGUACUCAAUAAGUGUUGCUUCCUGGUCAUUUUGGGCUUGGCUCAGGUCCUCCCAGCUGUCCAUGUUGGAUCAAACAGGAAGAGGAAGUUAGCUCAGUUUCUAGAGUAGAUAGAAAAUGACAUCAUUGAUCAGACAAAAUAUAUUUUUUAUUCUGUUUGGGUUUAGCGCCAUCCUCUGCAUUGAUUGGAAAUUAAUUGACAGGUGAAAACAAUAUGGUGGAAUCAAGCCAAUCAUAAGGCUGUCUUUCACCUGGUCAGUUAUUUCAGAUCAGUGCAAUGAAGGAGAAGACAGGAGGCGAGGCGAGGAGUGGACAGAGUUACUAGACAAUUGAGAAAUAGACCAGAUCUACAGUGACAAGGAUUAGUGGAGUAAGCCUUGUUUAAGCUUGAUGUUUGAUUGACAUGUUAAAGUCCUUUGGGUGAGUAGAUACCUUUGACAGGACCUUGUUUCUGUUCAUUAAACAGCAGUGUGUUAUCUGGCGGUGUUCUCUAACACUGUUUCAAAAUACCCAUCAGGAGUCUCACACAUUCCAUGUCAAGUUCGAUAAAACGUCGACUUCACCUCGGAGAGUUGUCCCCCAUCUCGGCAAAAGCUACUUUUACCCACCACCUGUUUUUGAAGGAAACCAUAUCGUUUUCCGCCAGCCAUCCGUCUCAGCCGUUGUGAUAAAUCAAUGCCAUAGGAGGAAAACCAGAGUGUUCGCUAACACCUUCAAAUGCCCCCGACCAAGCGUACCACACGAGUCCAAUCACUCGAGACCUCAAUCAGAACUCCAUCAUGCCGCCACAGGGCUGAUUUAAACUUCGAGAGACGGAGGGAGGCCAGUCGUCAUGGAUUACAGAUUACACCACUGCAGUUUUGGGGCCGGCCCCGGAGAUUAGAUUGGCGGUGCUAUUGGGUUCUGGCUGUCUCCAGCCCUGCAAGAGUUCAAUGAUCGGUCUGGGUGACUGCUCACAAAGAAUGGAGAACUGGAAUGGGUCUGCCCAGAAUUUAAAACUCCCUGUCCCCAGAACUGAGAGAGAGAGAGGAGAGAUGGGAGAGGGAGUGAGUGGAAAGAGUCAGAGAGAGAGAGAGUGAGAGAAAGGGAAAGAGAGAGUGGAGAGAAAGAAAGAGAGAGAAGAGAGAGAGAGAGAGAGAGAGAGAGGGACAGAGAGCGAGAACUGAGAGGGAGAGAGAGAAAGUGAGAGCAGACUUGGAGAUUUAUUAUAGGCCAGCUCCAUUGGCACUACACUGACAUGUUAUGUGAUUGGGUGGUUUAAAUCACAGGCGGCGUUACUUUACUUUAACCAAGUGCCACCAUAAACAGAGAUGCAUUUACCUUGUUAAGCAUCUGUAGUAUAUCUCCGAUGAUUGCAUACACAUCCGAAUGUGCCUCAGGUUUAACUCACUGUCAGGAUGAGAAUAGAUCACUGGCAAAGCUACAAAUUUCUCUUAGCCCUCGCGUCCUAGUUGUUUAGUCAUAACAAGCUCUCGGAUUAGACUCAAAUUAUGACAAAGAGCUGCAAUGAUUCAAACCAACACUAGACAAAUUACACAGACGGACUGUGAUUUAAAAAUCAAAGUCUCAAUUGCAUCCUAUUCCAUCUCUCUCUCUCUCUCUCUCUCUCUCUCUCUCUCUCUCUCUCUCUCUCUCUCUCUCUCGUUCUCUCUCUCUCUCGUUCUCUCUCUCUCUCUCUCUCUCGCUCUCUCGCUCUCUCGUUCUCCUUUCUCUCUCUCCGUCGAACUGGAAAGUCCCAAAUUAACUCUCUUACUGCUUUGAUCCCAGAUUUCGGAAAGAAAUCCAAGAGGAUUCCGAUCUUCAGUGCAGUUGUCCCCGAGACUGUUUAGUCGGUUUCCCUCUCGAAGUACAAAGUAGCUUAGAUUAGGAGAGGACUUUUAAUUGGUAAUGGAAGCCAAUGAGUAAGUGACAAAAUGAGUAAGCUGAUACAGUUUAACCGAUACCCUGGCCGUGACCCUACACUCUGAGGGGGUCUCAGGGGGAGUUAGGAUAUGCAAAAAAACACUGAUCCAUUCAAUAGAAACAUAAUCAUGUAGUUUGAUCUGUUAGUGAUAAUGAGGUAAAAGAGACAAGGAAGGGAAGGUCAUAAAGAAAUACAUGGAUUCUGAAAGGGAGAAAUCAAUAGAUUGUGUUUCAAUUCAAAGUAGACCGUCUGAUCUUUGAUAGGAAGGAUCAAAUACUUUGUCAAAUAUCAAUCUGUUCAUACCUAAGCACUUGUAGCAAUUAUUUGUCAGACACAGAAAAAUAUGCUGCGGCCUCCUUCUAAAUGUGGUGACGGUGGUGGUAUUUUUAUCCAUCAAAGGAAUGGAGGAGGAAAUUGAAUUGAACCACAGAAUCUGCUGCCUGUCAGUGUGUUAGAAGCGUGGAAAACACCUUAGCUUUCUUCUCUCGGCUUGUGAUGUGAACGUUCCACAAAUAUGCAAUUAGCCAGCAUGAUGCCAUGCAUAAUCUCUGCGGACACGACGGCACUAUUUGACCAUAAAUUGAACAAAUUAAAGUAUCUAAACUCCAAUUUGUAAACAUAUUUCAAACAUAGCUAUUAGCUACUAGCAACAUUGCGUGAUGGGAAGCAUUCCUUCUCUAUGGAGCUCAUCCUAACUUCCAUUUAAGUUGAAUUUUCACUUAGUUUCCCAUUGACAUCAACGCAUUACUAGACUUAAGUGGAAGUUGGGAUUCACCCCUGGGCUUACAUUUAAUGUGAUUGAUCUAAACUUAAAUUUGGAAGUAUAUUCAAGAUGUAGCUACUAGCUACAUUGCAUGUUGCGAAGGGGAAGUGACAUCCGACGCCCAUUCUCUGUGGUUGUAACCAUGCAAUGUGUGAGACUCCUAGGUGUUUGCUAUGCUGUGUGCAUCAUUUCAGGAAUGCUCUACUCGUUAAAAAGCGACCUGAGCUCGGCUCUCCGGCUCUCUCAUGCCAUCUUUCUUUUCUCUCAUCCAACCAAAACAAAACGCCUGCUGGAAUGUUCUUUUCUUUGUGUUUGCACAUUUGUUUUGCAGCAGGUGUCUUCGCUCUAACCCACAGAGUAGUCGGGAGAAUAAGGUGUCCGCCACAAGGUUAGCUGCUCCACAUAUUUCUUUAAAAUAAUUAUUGGCAAGAUGUGGUCCUGAAGGCAGUGAGGCAAAAACAUCGUCUGAAUCCUGACUUCACUGACUUAUUAAUAGUCACCUCCCCCCUUCUCCCCCAUCCUCCCCCCUCCCUCAUCCUCUUGGCAAAGACAUAUCUCCUCCCCUUCUGGCUUGAGAACUCUGUGAACAUUUUGCACUCUCUGGUGCCGCAGCCACCAUUUGGCGUUCACACCAGCAGCAUGACUGAGAUGUUUGCCGUUCACACCAGAAGCAUGACUGAGAUGUUUGGCGUUCACACCAGCAGCAUGACUAAAUGUUUAGUUAUUCAUUUCCUGUCAGUUUGAUAUCCUUAUAGAAACUAUAUACAGCUGUCUAGUUAGUACAUGAAAACUUCAUCAACCAAGAGCCUAUGUAAAGUAAUUGUGGUUCAAUGUAGAUUACUUCCCAAUCUUCAAAAUGGUACGCCUACAUCAGGGAUUAUAUAUUGUUAGGAUUAUUUAUGUUUUUUUUGGGGGGGGGGGAUUUACUGUUGCACGUUAAAAUAGUAGAAUUCACAAGGUGCAAUUACAAAAUGUGGGUGUGCAUCAGCAGUUUUCCUCUUGUUGCGUCAGUCACUGACAGUCACUCAAUUAGCCAUGUCAGCUAAAGUAUUUUAGAUUGGUAAGUUAGUCUAGCGGCCAGCUAUCUAAACUUAGUAAUCAUGGUCGAAUUACCGGCCAGGGGGCCCCCAUUGAUUUUCUUAUUCAGUCUCACUCAGAUACUGUAUCAUAUUAAAAAUUGAUGCAAUUUCUCUCCACCCUGUGGCAAAAUGUGUAGAAUUACAGGAAAUUAGCUGUAAAAUAGCUAAUUUUCCUCUCUGCCCCAUGGCAAAAUGUGUAGAAUUGCACGAAAUGAACUCUGCUGUCAAGAUGGGGAAUGCUAAAAUGUUUUUCUAGCAAUGUGGUGGGGGGGGCUACAUGUACAUUACCAGUCAAAAGUUUGGACACACCUACUCGUUCCAGGGUUUUUCUUUAUUUUUACUAUUUUCUACAUUGUAGAAUAAUAGUGAAUACAUCAAAACUAUGAAAUAACACAUAUGGAAUCAUGUAGUAAUCAAAAAAGUUUUAAACAAAUCAAAAUAUAUUUUAUAUUUUUGAUUCUUCAAAUAGCCACCCUUUGCCUUGAUAACAGCUUUGCACACUCUUGGCAUUCUCUCAACCAGCAUCACCUGGAAUGCUUUUCCAACAGUCUUGAAGGAGUUUCCACAUAUGCUGAGCACUUGUUGGCUGCUUUUCCUUCACUCUGUGGUCCAACUUAUCCCAAACCAUCUCAAUUGGGUUGAGGUCGGGUGAUUGUGGAGGCCAGGUCAUCUGAUGCAGCACUCCAUCACUCUCCUUCUUGGUCAAAUAGCCCUUACACAGCCUGGAGGUGUGUUGGGUCAUAGUCCCACUAAGUCCAAACCAGAUGGGAUGGCGUAUCGCUGCAGAUUGAUGUGGUAGCCAUGCUGGUUAAGUGUGCCUUGAAUUCUAAAUAAAUCACUGUCACCAGCAAAGCACCCCCACACCAUCACACCUCCUCCUCCAUGCUUAAUGGUGGGAACCACACAUGCGGAGAUCAUCCGUUCACCUACUCUACGUCUCACAAAGACACGGCAGUUAGAACCAACAUUCUCAAAUUUGGACUCAUCAGACCAAAGGACAGAUUUCCACCGGUCUAAUGUCCAUUGCUUGUGUUUCUUGGCCCAAGCAAGUCUCUUCUUAUUAUUGGUGUCCUUUAGCAGUGGUUUCUUUGCAGCAAUUUGACCAUGAAGGCCUGAUUCAAACGUAGUCUCCUUUGAACAGUUGAUGUUGAGAUGUGUCUGUUUCUUGAACUCUGUGAAGCAUUUAUUUGGGCUGCAAUUUCUGAGGCUGGUAACUCUAAUGAACUUAUCCUCUGCAGCAGAGCUAACUCUGGGUCUUCCUUUCCUGUGGCGGUCCUCAUAAGAGCCAGUUUAAUCAUAGCACUUGAUGGUUUUUGCGACUGCACUUGAAGAAACGUUCAAAGUUCUUGAAAUGUUCCGUAUUGACUGACCUUCAUGUCUUAAAGUAAUGAUGGACUGUCGUUUCUCUUUGCUUAUUUGAGCUGUUCUUGCCAUAAUAUGGACUUGGUAUUUUACCAAAUAGGGCUAUCUUCUGUAUACCACCCCUACCUUGUCACAACACAACUGAUUGGCUCAAACGUAUUAAGAAGGAAAGAAAUUCCACAAAUUAACUUUUAACAAGGCACAACUGUUAAUUGAAAUGCAUUCCAGGUGACUACCACAUGAAGCUGGUUGAGAGAAUGCCAAGAGUGUGCAAAGCUGUCAUCAAGGCAAAGGGUGGCUACUUUGAAGAAUCUCAAAUAUAAAUAUAUUUUGAUUCGUUUAACACUUUUUGGGUUACUACAUGAUUCCAUAUGUGUUAUUUCAUAGUUGUGUUGUCUUCACUAUUAUUCUACAAUGUAGAAAAUAGUAAAAAUAAAGAAAAACCCUUGAAUGAGUAGGUGUGUCCAAACUUUUGACUGGUACUGUAUGUUGGUUUCUCUGUCAUGGUCCGCCCAGGCCGCAGGCGUGGUCGAGGAUAGCAGGGUUCGGUACACAAAUCGGGUUCUCGGUAGGUCCAGGUCCAACAGCCAACAGGUUAAUACAUGAUUCCAUACUGUAUUCAAGUGGGACAGUAUAAAAAUAUCCAGCUUUUCUUCUACCCAAAUACAACGAUUUUGACAAUAUCAUAUACUGUAUCUUAACAUUUGAACUGUCUUUGCCAAACACUGUCAAGUUACAGUAGUUAGCGAAAUUUAGCUGGGGCAUACUUCCUCAUUCCAAUGAAGACCGCAAACAUCUGAUGAGACCCGCAGAGACCAAAAGUAGACCAACAUCCUCAGCAUAGACACCAGUAGAUAGUAGUAGCGCUGACGGCAUCCACGUAUUCCUAUGGAAAACUCCCAAUGGCGCAUGAAGCCGGAAGUAUUUGAAUUUGAAGCGUGCCAUAUUGCUGAAAGGGGUUGAAUGGCACCAAGAAAUCGCUAAGGAUCAUGGUGAAAGUGGCCGUAACUAGCAAAGGAUCAUGGUCGAUGUAGUCGUUUUCAUCCUGCCUGAGGGAGUCAACUCAACCGAGCGCGAGCCUCCUUGUAGCCUGCCGGCCCGUGAUUGGUCUGUGUCAGCACCUGGUCUUGUGUGAUGACAAAUGUAGUAGUCAGAAUGGAUCACUAUUUAAUUAAAUAUCUUGAUUUGUUCGACCGUCAGAAUUGAACUUGAUCAUAAUAAACUAAUAUUAGAGGCCAAAACAUCCGUACAUUUUUUGGCUUUCUAGGGCAGACCAGGGCUUUUGGCACCACUAGGUUGCUACGCAGUAGUUGACCAGCAGAGCUCGUGACUUCACGCUCCAGACCGGACACUGGGGUCCUGAUUCUUAGAUGGGCCCUAGGGAUGGAUGGCCAGAGGAAUGCCUGACGCAAACUGGUGUGAAGGGGUGUCAUCAGUAGGUAUUCGGGGAACGAGAAGCGCGUUGAAAUGGGCCAUGUGUUGCUCCUCUACGGUUGCGGUGGCCAUUUUUAGUUCCUCAUGUCGUUUGAUGUGGUCUAAUGAACACAGGGUAUUUCCCUGGGCCGCACCGCAGAUUUAAAAAUACCAACCUUUCUCUGAACCCAACAGCCUGGGAUGGGUUACUUCUGAGCAUGCUUGUCCUCAUACCUCUGUGGAAAAAUGUAAAAUAAAACCCCUCACAGCUCGUGACAGUGACCGUGUCGGCUGUAUUAAUAAAUGAUUUCAUCGACUUUAAUCGGCCCUGAAUCGCUGACCAGAUAAGGACUUGUACUUGACCUAACAAAUGUCCCACGGACUAAGUUUUACACGUUUCCCCGAGUCAGCUCCCCCCGCCAAAUUAACUCAACCCCUUUUUUGUUUUUAAUCAGCGGCGUAAUCUAGCGGUUUCACAGCUCACCGGCAUCCUCGCGUUAACACCCUACCUCAUACUGUGUAUCCCAGGUUUGGAAAGUGGGCUAACGCUGUCUUUUCUAUUAGAUUACACAUUCUAAUAAAGUAGAAUGAGACUAGACGAUGCUAUCUCCUCCAGGUGAAGGAUUCCCCACUAAUGCUUGUGAAUUCAAUAUGAACAAUGUUCCAAGCCGAAAUAUGAACACUAUCCCUCUAUCAACUCCAAUGCCCCAUGCUCAAAGGUUUAACCGCCGCAAUGAUACGCUUCAUAUAGCUACCUAAUUCGAUUUCAAUUGACAUUUUGUGAAUGGGCAUUUUGUGUAACCUAUAUACAGAUGUAGGAUCUUAAUUUGAGGCAGUUUGCUACAGCAGGAAAGUUAUCCUUCAGCAACAGGAAAUGUGAAUUAUUAUGUGGAUUAUGAUGAACAUACAUUUUUUGUAGGGGUUGAUACAUUUUCUAUUAAGGAAAAUCAAGUCUGAAAUGUAAAAGGUGAAAACUGUCGAUGUGCCCUUGAGCUAGGCCUAAUUGCUCUUGUAAGUCGCUCUUGAUAACACCGUCUGCUAAAUGACUAACAUGUAAAUGUAGAUGUAAAGUGGAAAUUACUAACUUUAGAAUACUUUUUAAACCUUGAAUACACUACAAGUUUACAUUUCCUGCUGUGCAGGGAAAUUCUCAGCAAAAAAAUAGUGAUCAAAUUAAGAUCCUACAUCUGUAGGGUGUACUUUCAGUGCCAAAAUUAAACUCUUCAUGCUUGCUUAUAUCUUUAUAGUUAAGCAAUGCUCAUAGCCCUCUGUACAGUUCCAUUGUCUAUUGCCACUAAGCAUCAGUCAUGAUAUUGAGUCUCCAUAUCACUGUUUCCCACUGCACCUCUACAUUGUACUUCACAUACAUUUUUUUUACUUUAUUUAACCAGGUAGGCCAGUUGAGAACAAGUUCUCAUUUACAACUGCGACCUGGCCAAGAUAAAGCAAAGCAGUGUGAUAAAAACAACAACAACACAGAGUUACAUAUGGAAUAAACAAAACGUACAGUCAAUAACACAAUAGAAAAUCUAUAUACAGUGUGUGCAAAUGUAGUAUGUUAUGGAGGUAAGGUAAUAAAUAGGCCAUAGUGCAAAAUAAUUACAAUUUAGUAUUAACACUGGAGUGAUAGAUGUGCAGAAGAUGAUGUGCAAAUAGAAAUACUGGGGUGCAAAUGAGCAAAAUAAAUAACAAUAUGGGGAUGAGGUAGUUGGGUGGGCUAAUUACAGAUGGGCUGUGUAUAGGUGCAGUGAUCGGUAAGGUGCUCUGACAACUGAUGCUUAAAGUUAGUGAGGGAGAUAAGAGUCUCCAGCUUCAGAGAUUUUUGCAGUUUGUUCCAGUCAUUGGCAGCAGAGAACUGGAAGGAAUGGCGGCCAAAGGAGGUGUUGGCUUUGGGGAUGACCAGUGAGAUAUACCUGCUGGAGCGCAUACUACGGCUGGGUGUUGCUAUGGUGACCAAUGAGCUAAGAUAAGGCGGGGAUUUGCCUAGCAGUGAUUUAUAGAUGACCUGUAGCCACAUAAUGACGGUAUCAGGCGCACAACAAACUUGUGACAAGAUAAGUGAGCUCACCCAGACGUGUCCAAUCAUGAUGCGCACACGCACACUCACCCCGCCGCCCGCCACAAACACAUAUAACCUCCCACCCCCGUCUCCAACUCCCACCGUAGGAAUAAUUAACGAGCCUGAUUGGUCCCUAUUAUGACAGACUUAAUGAAGCUUUUAAUGGAAAUUAGUACCAGUUGGCUGAGGCCCCUGUAUAUCAGCCACAGUUAGUAUGCUGCAGUGAACACAGUGAGCAGCACAGUUAGACAGAACAGAAAGCAGAGCAGGGCAAGCCACCAGCUCUGUUUCUGCAUCCCAAAUGGCACCCUAUUCCCUAUGUAGUGCACUACUUUGGAAGGGGGUACAAUAGAGCUCUGGUUAAAAGUAGUGCAUUAUGUAGGGAAUAGGGUGGCAUUUGGAACGCAAGCCGUCUCCAACACCAGAACACACAGAGAUACUGUAAAGCUUUACUAUUCCCUCAAGUCUUAAAGCCUUCAGCUGCCCUAAACAACACUUCACACAAUGGACAACCAGCAGCCAGAAAAUAUUCACUGUUUUAUGUUGUUUCUACUGCCUGAUACUGAACAUAAUGUUCAAGGCAAGCGUUUGCUUUUGUGUGCUUUAACGCCGUGCUAAUAGUGAGGUAUUAGGCUAUUCGUAUCGUUUAGCUGUGUUGGCCAUUUUCCAAAAUCAAGACUUCAGUGCUCUCACCAAGUUCAAGCUUAUGGCUUGUACGGUUUGAAAUGGAUAAAAAUCAACAAGGAAAAGGGUUUCUCCCUCCCAAUGAGCCAGUGCUGUACAGUAAUACCGUUUAUAAGUUAUAUGAAAACAUGGUUUCACAUUAAAAUGUUAUCUCUGGACAUUGUUGAACUACAAUUCCCAUCGCUCCUAAUCCCAACAAGUAUGACACACAUUGUGCUUGCAUUGUGCUACUUGGUAGAUCAACAAAUCAAAUUAAAUAAAAUGUUAUUUGUCACAUGCGCUGAAUACAACAGGUGUAGACCUUACAGUGAAAUGCUUACUUACAAGCCCUUAACCAACAAUGCAUUUUUUUUAAGUAAGUAAGAAAAUAUUUGCUAAAUUAUUUGAUAAAAAAUCUAAUAAACUUAAGUAGAUCAACAGUAAUACACACCAAGGAACUGAACAAGUCAGACAGGAUUAAACGCUUUCUCAUAUCUGAUCUGAGACCAGGGCCUGUAUUCAUAAAGUGUCUGAGAUUGCUGAUCUACGAUCAGUUUUGCCUUUUAGAUCAUAAUGAAUAAGAUUGCAUAGACACGGGGCACCUGAUCCUAGAUCAUCACUCCUACUCUGAGAUGCUUUAUGAAAACAGGCUCUGAGUGUGUGCCGGGAAAUUGCUCUUCUCACUUGCCUCUUUCCUAUCUAUGGGAAUCCUCCCCAAACAGCUCUGUGCCAGCACGGGUGUAAGCAUGGAGACUGCGUCGGACCCAGCAAGUGCAAGUGUCACCCCGGCUUCACUGGGAAGACCUGCAAUCAAGGUAAGACCAGUAACUGGGUUGACGUUGUGAUCGUGACAUUGUGACGCUUGACGACGUUGUGAUUACACCCUACACUAAGAUUGGAUAGACCAUUUGGUGUCUUCUGUGUGAAAAUAUACGGUACCUUUCAUACUCCGAGAGAGAGAGAGAGAGAGAGGGAGAGCGCCAUAGUGAGUUAGUGGUCGUUCUAAUCUGAGCCAGCAUGCCUUUACUCAGUGCUUCAAGGGCCCCUUCAUCCACCUCCAUCCAGACCUGCUGACAUUAACAUUUUCCAAAGGAAACUAAUGGAAGUCAAACUUCAACCAGCCCUGAGCGAUGGCAUGGUAAUCAUUGUUUAUUGUCUACAAUGCACAUAUACAUAGCAACAGGAACAGGCGUAUUAAUGUUGCCGUUUUAUUCAUUGAUUCAUAGCUGAUGCAGGAUGCAGGCUAGCUCUCUCCAUAGUAGUUAGAUUCUAUAAUCACACAGGGGAGGGUGGUAGAAAAAAGGCCUGAAUCAGCACAAAUGGUAAUGCCUGCUGUGUGCCGGGACCACACACACACACACACACACACACACACACACACACACACACACACACACACACACACACACACACAGUGAGUGAUGCCUGGAGUGCAACCUCCCUCUGCAGAUAACAUCUCAAUUACUGUCCUGAGAUAACUCAGAGAGCAGGCUGAAAAUGCAGCGCAAUGAGUAGCCUACUGAGAGUUACAAUACAGUGAGAGAGUGUGCAUGUGCCUCUGUCUGUCUCUGUCUCUGUCUGUGUGUGCCUUUGUGUGUUACUCGUGUGUGUGUGUGUGUGUGUGUGUGUGUGUGUGUGUGUGUGUGUGUGUGUGUGUGGGAAACAGAGAUAAAGAUCAAACUUGAUUGAAAAUAUUGAAUUGAAUGACCCCCUCAGUCAGGGAGGGUUAGUUUCUGGUAAAUCUGAGUGGCUUGAAACUACUUGUGGAAUUCACGCCUUAAGACAGGAAUAGGAUAGCAUGUAAUUAAAAACAAGGAGAGAGAGAGAGAGGGGGGGGGUUGAAAUCCUUUCUGGAAUGUAGAAAUGAGUCAUUCUACAUGUCUCAGGCUAAGGUGGCUCAUGGCAGAUUGGCUAGACGGCUAAACUUUGACGUAGUCGCUAGAAAAAUAAGCAAGCAUGGGUCAUGCUCAUUAGUAACUAAAAGGAAGAUAACAGACUCAAACUGGGAGGGACUACUUAGACAGGUCCAAAAAAAAUCGUUUUCCGCUGCAAAAUGUUUUAAAACGUUUUCGUGCUCUAAUGAACACCUCCCUGACUUCGUUACUUCGACGAGGAUGGACGUUGCUCUUUUACCAAUAAUAAUAAUUAGACUUGUCUGACAAACUAUCAUUUAAAUAAUGUCAAAUGCUUAAGUGUGCAUGGAACUCAUUUGGCAAUUAAGUGCCUUAGACAAGCACUGACUGAAGAGCUCAUUAAAGGGGCAAUCUGGGGAUUUUUUCAAGCGAUCGAUCAUUUAGAGAUAAUGUAUGUCUAAUAGAGAUAACCUUCAGGGGCAUCAUUCCAAGUUGGCUCACAUCGUCGUAGAAACAUAAUUAAUUAUUCAAAACCUAUAGAUUGGAUUUUUUUUCUCCAUUCAAAGUAGUGAUUUGCUUUUAACCGUUGAUUUGCCAUUCUAAUGUCAGUCGUUGACACACUGUGAAUAUUAAUUUUCCUUUUCGCCGAUACUCGUUUGAUCUAUUUUAUGUUUAAUUCAUGUUCGGUUAGACACCCACUUAGAUGGUGACAUGAACUGUAAUGGUUUAAAUAGUGAUGUGGGGCUGUAAACACAGAAACAUGUAUACAAGCAGUAGCUACAAACACACACACACACAGUACAGUGCAGUGCGGUGCAUGCUCGGGGCUAGGCAUUCCUCUUCCGCAGUAACUGAGUGGUGAGAACAGAUGAAUGACCCUCAAGGCACUGUGAUUAACAACAGUGUUAAAACACCACAACACAGUAGCAGCAACAAGCGGGACCAUAGAGGUGAUCGUUGAGGAGAAUUCUCUCUCUCUCUUACUUUAAAGUCUCUGUCUAGAAUCUAGCUUGGUUAGGAACAUAACAUUGUGUUGCUAUUGUUCCCUGUACCACUGUAAUGGCAAGACCAAUGUCUACCCAUGAUCUAUUAGUAUUAGAGAGCAAUUAUUCCAGCAACUUAGUGUUAUGAUUAAAGUUAUAAAUUGUACAUUGCUAUUAAUUCAGUGUCAUGGAACAAACGUCCCCUGCAAUAACACCAAAUGUUAACAGCGUUUUGCUCUAUCGCAAUUAAUGAUCAAAAUCACGUCCAGCUUGUUUUGAAAUGUCAAUGAUUUUAUUUUGAGGAACGCCGUGACUUUCUGUGUUAAAGGGGAAAUCUGCAGUUCAAACUACAGAAGUAUCAAUCGCAGAUUGCCCCUUUAACAGAAUAACAUCUUGUCAUGGUGGGGCCAUGGUGUCGGGGCCAGAUGGGUACUGAUGCUGUAUCACACCAAAUCAAACUCAUUACCAAGAUAAUCCAGUUAGCACUGAGACGGUGUGCUAGACACACACUCCCCCUCGCUCCGUCACUCCCCGCAGAUCAAAAUCCCUUUAAUAAGAUUAUUAUUUUCUACGGGAGGUUUCAAUUAACCCCUUGUCUCUUGCUGUUUAGAUGCUAUUAAAAGGUCCUGUGAGGGAGCGAGCGCCAUGUAACAGUUUCAAACAUCAAAAGAAAUAUAUCUGUAAUCGAGUUGACAAGCCUCUUUAUACAAUUAUGCGACCUCCUCUCUCCAUUUAUUUCGCUCUCUGUCUCUCUCUUUCUCUCUACAUUUCUCUCUUUAUUUAUUUCUCUCUUUUGCUUUAUUUUCUCCCCCUCCCUCCCCAUCUCACUACAUCUCUCUCUCUCUCUCUCUCUCUCUCUCUCUCUCUCUCUCUCCUCUCUCUCUCUCUCUCUCUCUCUCUCUAUCGCUCUCUCUCUCUCUCUCUCUCUCUCUCUAUCGCUCUCUCAUAUACGUGUCAGCGAGCCAGCGGCGGUGGCAUCUCUCCAAAUAUUAUGCUUCACGUACCUCAAGUCGAGUACCGCUUGGCUUUCAUGUCAUCAUAAGCGCUUUCUAUUCUGAGAGCAUUAGCUAAUAUAAGAUUUGGAAGCAGCCUUGUACCUCUGGCACAAACAUCUGUAGUUAGAUGACGUUAAACACUCCUGUUUAAAAUCAACAGCUAGCUGUCUGUCUGUCUGUCUGUCUGUCUGUCUGUCUGUCUGUCUGUCUGUCUGUCUGUCUGUCUGUCUGUCUGUCUAUCUAUCUCUCUGUGUCUGUCUGUCUGUCUGUUUCUCUCUCUGGCUGUCUGUUUAGUUGGGGAGAUAUUUUUAAAGUUGAAAGUCAAACACUUCAGCUGCCACAGGAUUACAAAGGAUACUUUACAUGUCAUCAUAUAAUUAGCCUUGUGUCAACCAGGCCUUUGCAUUGCUCAAUUACCAUGUAGCAUGUAGUCUGUCCCAUUUCUCCUCCACCCAAGGUCACCUAAUGGUCAGUAGACAGAGAGACAGGCAGACAGGCAGGCAGGGAAGCAGAAAGACAGGCAAGUAUCCAGGUAGGCAGAGAGACAGGCAGGCAGACAGACAGACAGACAAAGUCAGGAAGGAAGGAAGGAAGGAAGGAAGGAAGGAAGGAAGGAAGGAAGGAAGGAAGGAAGGAAGGAAGGAAGGAAGGAAGGAAGGAAGGAAGGAAGGAAGACAGACAGACAGACAAGAGGCCCUGGACUAGACCAAGUUGGCAAGGAAGUAGUUAGACCAGGUAUUACUGGUCUAACUGGUUGGGUUAAUCAAGCCAGUCACUACACUCUCAAUAGCACACACAUGCACACACACACUCAAAUGCACACGCACACACGCACACACACACACACUUUGAACUCCAGAUAUACAGGCAGAGGGUAUCAGAAUCCAGACUGAUUACUCUCUCUGACUCCGAGACGCUAUUUCAUGUCAUCGCUGACACAAAGGAAUGCUGAAGGGAGGAGAAGUCAGAAAAAGAAGGAGAAGAAGGAGAAACUGGCUCAAUCUCUCUCUUUCAUUCUCUUUUUUUGGUGUGAUUCUAGUCUGCUCAUGUCCAAUUCCCACAAGUGUAAUCCUCUUUGCUGCAUAAUGUCAUUCUUGCUCUCCAGGAAUGCAGUCGUGGUCAGAGGUGUACUAAUCCCAGUGUGUGUGCGUGGGUGUUUUUCCCACCGGCGGCGAGAUCUCACUCUCUCUCCUUGUGUGUUGUUUUGUCUCCCCCUCCCCUAUUUAAGAAGAGGAACUGGACUAUGUAACCCCCCUAACAUGGGACAGUCACCCCCCUAUCUUUCUUCCUGUGGACCACCAGCCUCCAGCGGGGCUGUUGAUGGAGGGUGAGAUAAACUGUGGAACGUGAGGUGGUGAAGGGUGCCCUCCGCUCCCCGCCACACCCGCCACCCACUUUAUGCCCUCCGUAUGCCCCACAUGCAUGGCUCAGUCCUCUAUGGCUUGGGCCGAGGGAGAAUGAAUGUCCCCUCUCCCCUCUCUUUUCCUCCUCUCCUUCCCUACUUCUUCUAGGAGAGCCGAUGCCAAAGCCUGGCCUGGCAGCAGGAAUGACAGAGCGAACGCCAAGCAUGCCAUGAUGCCAAUAUGCCUCGCCACACUCUGCCUCUUGGCACCUGAACCCCCUUUCUGUUCUGGACUCCUUUUGCAGCACCUCGGUUUCCUAUCUUUAUUUUCAUCCCUAUAUCUCUCUCUCUGUCUCUGUCUCUCUCUCUGUCUCUGUCUCUGUCUCUGUCUCUGUCUCUGUCUCUGUCUCUGUCUCUGUCUCUGUCUCUGUCUCUGUCUCUCUCUCUCUCUCUGCUAUUCCCAAUUUCUUCCUUCAUCGCUCUGCCUCUGUUGUUGUUUUUCUUCCUUCCCCACACACUCUUAUUUCCCCUGAACUCUAGACAGCAAGUCAUUGGAGGGGGUUCCAUCACCGACAUGGAUUCUUAUGGUUUCUCAGCCACCUUAGAACAAUGGACCACUCUGCAUGCUCUUGACCAGAGAGCCCCCUGGGUGAUCUGUUAGCAAGUGAUAGUGGCGUGUCAGAAACGCACUGCCGACACAUACCUCGAAGCAGUCCACCCAAUAAAUAAGUUGGACUACUCUCUCCUUCUCCUCUCUCUCUUUCUUUGUCUCUAACACGUCUCUCUGUCUGUCUGUCUCUCUACCUCAUCCUCUAUUUCACUCUCUUCUCUCUCUCUCUUUUUCUCCCUCUCUCGAUGCAUCACUACAGUUCAUUGCCAGUGGAUAGUAAUAUCUCAGAGAAGGGUUUUACUCCACAGACACAUAGAACAGACCCCCAACACCUUGUCAAGUGGUGGUUCUAUCUCUCCUAUCUGUAAUCUCCUCCCUCAUCUCGCUCUCUGUCUCCCGUUCCUUAUCUCCUCCUGUCUCCCUCUAUCUUGUUGAUCUUCCAACAGGGAACAGACUCAGCCAGGCUGUAUGUCAUUUGGCUGCGCUAGUUGCUGCUCGGAGCUUGUGCUGUCUGAGAACGUGACCCAUUCCACUCCCAUCAUUCUCUUCAUUUACAUUUUCAAGCUUUUUUUCAGUUGUCACUGCCUGGGCAAGCGAAAUCCUGUCUCUCUCUCUCUCUCUCUCUCUCUCUCUCUCUCUCUCUUCUCUCUCUGUCUCUGUCUCUGUCUCUGUCUCUGUCUCUGUCUCUGUCUCUGUCUCUGUCUCUGUCUCUGUCUCUGUCUCUGUCUCUGUCUCUCUCUCUCUCUCUCUCUCUCUCUCUCUCUCUCUCUCUCUCUCUCUCUCUCUCUCUCUCUGUUUCUUGGCCUUUUACCCUUGUGUCUCUCCACAGCAGCUCUUAUUAGUGAUGAAGGUAGAGCUCCGGCAGACAAAGCAGGAGUGACAGUUGGAGAAAUGGCUGGCAAAUACCAGUUCCAGGGUUCUGAAUGUGUGUGCGUGUGUGGUGUGUGAUUACUGAACUGUCAGGGAGGGUACUGGCCAAAUGAAAGGUGAUAAUAAAAAAACAGGGAUGGUGACCAAAAUAGCAGACAGAAGUCUGGGAGGAGUUGUCGUUAGUCGAGAGGCCAUUUUGUCAUGUUUGUGUGUUUGGCCAUGUUGCUGAGCUAAUGAUAGUUAGCGGCAAUCACUGUAUGUCUGUAGUGACAGUGCUAACGAUGCUAACAAGACUGAGUUGAAGUGUUGGAAUUGUUCUUUGACCUUGAAACAAGUUUGAGUUACGUUCGGAAAGUUAACGAUGAAAAGGAUGAGGAUUUUUAUAACACAUUUUAAGCAGCCAAUAUAUCCACUGUCGUUAUCUCCCGAUGUAAACCUCAAUUACAUUGUUUCAUAUCACUCCAUUCUAUGUAUGAAUUCACUUUUUGACAAUAAAGAACACUGACAGGUGCUAAUGAUUGCCUCUCCAAAGAUACUCCACAAAGAGAGACAAUGUCUUUCUUUUUCUAGUACAAAUUACCAGGUAAUUGCGCCUUGAUUAGAAAUCUCAGAGCUGAAAUGGGCACUCCAGUUUCUCAUUCUGUCGAUGAUUUCAAGUUCUAUGUCUUGGUGGGAGUCGAUAUUUAAUAUGAUGACUUUGUCGCCAUCUCUUCUCGUUUAGUACUCAAGGGUAUCAAGUGUAAAAGAUAUGUUGGAUAUAAAACUGUAACAGAUUAAUUUGCUUGUGGGUUAAAGUAAUUAUUCUGCAUUUAGUAAAAUAAAAACAACUUCUGAACAUGUUUCAUUUACUAAAAUCUUAAUGGUUUUAUAUAAACCACUGAAACCAAUAGAGAAGCUUCUCUUAGAAACCAAUAGAGAAGCUUCUCUUAGUUGUUUUAUGUGAAUUAGUGCUAUUGGACCAAUGGAAGUGAAAACUAGACUAAUCAUAGUAUCUCAUUUACUGUAUUCUAGUAGGCCACAGUGUCCUAUUCUAAACUGUCCACAACCCGUUCUGUCAGACUGUCAGUCAACCCUUAACAUUUACUGCAUUGGAAAUUGACUUAAGCCCAAUGGCACAGCGGAGGAUUUAAACAGACCGUUUCUCCCCUCCACCAAUCACGGCGCUGACAUGACCUUAGCAGGCUAGCCAAUUCACAUUAAUACAGUGGUAUACGACCAAGGUACACUCCGCUCCUCCUCCCAUUCAUCUAUUUAAAUCUGUAGCAUCUGUCCGAUACAGACGGGCAUGCCAGCGGCCAAAGCGCCCAAAGAAUGCAUUCCCAUUCCGCGCAUUGCCCCAGAGCUAAAGAUGGCGCCACCCGUGGUUUUAGUCUGAAGUGGGCCAGGCCUAAAAACGACCAGCCACCAUGUACAGUUGAGAUGGAGAUCUAUUGUCAUGGCGGGCCUCAAUUAGACAUGGAAGGGGGCAUGACACAAGUAAUUUUUCCAACAAUUGUUUACAGACAGAUUAUUUCACUUAUAAUUCACUGUAAUGUAAAUGUAUCACAAUUCCAGUGGAUCAGAAGUUUACAUACACUAAGUUGACUGUGCCUUUAAACAGCUUGGAAAAUUCCAGAAAAUGAUGUCAUGGCUUUAGAAGCUUCUGAUAGGCUAAUUGACAUCAUUUGAGUCAAUUGGAGGUGUACCUGUGGAUGUAUUUCAAGGCCUACCUUCAAACUCAGUGCCUCUUUGCUUGAUAUCAUGGGAAAAUCAAAAGAAAUCAGCCAAGACCUCAGGAAAAAAAAUGUGUAGACCUCCACAAGUCUGGUUCAUCCUUGAGAGCAAUUUCCAAACGCCUGAAGGUACCACGUUUAUCUGUACAAACAAUAGUAUGCAAGUAUAAACACCAUGGCACCACGCAGCUAUCAUACUGCUCAGGAAGGAGAUGCGUUCUGUCUCCUAGAGAUGAACAUACUUUGGUGCGAAAAGUGCAAAUCAAUCCCAGAACAACAGCAAAGGACCUUGUGAAGAUGCUGGAGGAAACAGAUACAAAAGUAUCUAUAUCCACAGUAAAACGAGUGUUAUAUCGACAAAACCUGAAAGGCUGCUCAGCAAGGAAGAAGCCACUGCUCCAAAACUGCCAUAAAAAAAGCCAGACUACGGUUUGCAACUGCACAUUGGGACAAAGAUUGUACUUGUUGGAGAAAUGUCCUCUGGUCUGAUGAAACAAAAAUGGAACUGUUUGGCCAUAAUGACCAUCUUUAUGUUUGGAGGAAAAAGGGGGUAACUUGCAAGCCGAAGAACACCAUCCCAACCGUGAAGCACGGGGGUGGCAGCAUCAUGCUGUGGGGGUGCUUUGCUGCAGGAGGGACUGGUGCACUUCACAAAAUAGAUGGCAUCAUGAGGAAGGAAAAUUAUGUGGAUAUAUUGAAGCAACAUCUCAAGACAUCAGUCAGGAAGUUAAAGCUUGGUCGCAAAUGGGUCUUCCAAAUGGACAAUGACCCCAAGCAUACUUCCAAAGUUGUGGCAAAAUGGCUUAUGGACAACAAAGUCAAGGUAUUGGAGUGGCCAUCACAAAGCCCUGACUUCAAUCCUAUAGAAAAUUUGUGGGCAGAACUGAAAAAGCAUGUGCGAGCAAGGAGGCCAAUAAAUCUGACUCAGUUACACCAGCUCUGUCAGGAGGAAUGGGCCAAAAUUCACCCAACUUAUUGUGGGAAGCUUGUGGAAGGCUACCCGAAACGUUUGACCCAAGUUAAACAAUUUAAAGGCAAUGCUACCAAAUACUAAUUGAGUGUAUGUAAACUUCUGACCCACUGGGAAUGUGAUGAAAGAAAUAAAAGCUGAAAUAAAUCAUUCUCUCUACUAUUAUUCUGACAUUUCACAUUCUUAAAAUAAAGUGGUGAUCGUAACUGACCUAAGACAGGGAAUUUUUACUAGGAUUAAAUGUCAGGAAUUGUGAAAAACUGAGUUUAAAUGUAUUUGGCUAAGGCGUAUGUAAACUUUCGACUUCAACUGUAGAUGUUAUUUUAAUAUUGUUGGGUAGGUGUGGGGGUGCGUGUGUGUGAGUGUGCGUGCAUGCAUGCGUGUAUGUGUGUGUCACCCCCCCCCACACACACACACACUUAAAGGGAUACUUCUGUGUUUUGGCAAUGAGGCAUUUUAGCUACUUCCCCAGAGUCAGAUGAACUUGUGGAUACCAUUUUUAUGUCUCUGUGUCCAGUAUGAAGGAAGUUAGAGGUAGUUUCGCGAGCUCAUGCUAACUAGCGUUAGCGCAAUGACCGGAAGUCUCUGGGUAUCUGCUAGCAUGCUAGUAGUUCAUCUGACUCUGGGGAAGUAGAUAAAGGGCCUCAUUGCCAAAUCCCAAAGUAUCCCUUUAAGCUCUCCUGGUGGUCCCUGUUCUCCCAAGGGACCCUACUUCCAAGCACACUUCAAAAGGAGUCCACUCCAGGUGAAGUGCGCUAACAAAAAAAGUAACCCCUUGAAUUAUAGCAUUUUUCAACCGUGGACAUCAGUGCUCGUACGGAACACUUACUCAACCUCACUGUUAGUGUCUGUGUGUUUCAGACCAAUAUAAAGAUAAUGACUUGAGUUUUUCUCAGCAGUAUUUGACAGGUGUUGAGCCUUGGGUCUAACCUUAACAAGGGAUAGUUUUCUAAUAAUAUCUGUAUAGACUGGUAGAGGGUGUGUGCUCCAGACAUUUACAGUCACAAAAAGAAACACCCUGAAAUCAGCAAUGGAGUUGUCAAGGCGAUACACAACAGUAAUGUCACCAUCGGAAUGAAGUUUUAAAGGUUACGUACGAGGGAGGGAUUUGUUUUUACCAUUUGCAGCAUGUAAUAAAGCAGCUUGGUCGGUUGUAACAGCUGUUAACUGUGUCUUCCUGUGAAAAGAGGAGGAGAGGAGGAAGGUAGCGGCCGGGCUUGUCUGAACACGGAAACACUUCACUUCCUUUAGGCACUUACUCUCCACACCCCACCCCCUCCCAUACACACACCACACAAAUGGAUGAGGCUGGGUUUGACCCAGAUUGACCCUAUGCCCUUUGAUCCCUAUCCUUCCUCUCGUCCCCACACCUACUCCUUCUGAUAACGUUCUCAUGGUCUUCCUCUCCGUCACCCAACCUUGAGAAUACUCGUCCCCCACCGACCUUGAUCUCCUCUCUUCUCCUUCUCUCCGUCCCCACCUACCUCCUUCUGAUACCCUCUCUUCCUCCUUCCUCUCCGUCCCCACCACCUACUCCUUCUGAUUCCUCUCCUUCGUCCUCCACUCCAGACCCUCACCCAGCUACAGUGUUGAAGCCCGGCCGUUGCAAAACAGGUCUCCGAAGCACCAUACGGCUCAUGCUAUCAGUUGGCUACUCGCCUCAAUGAGCUGACAGUUGCUGAUGCUACGGGGACGUGUGGAAGUGAGUUGGAUCUGUCAUCUGUCUGGUCUGUGUGUAACGGUCAUUGAGGAUUGUGUGUCCUGAUGCUUUUCUUUGAAUCUGGUAUGAUUUUCUGUCGUCGUCUGUUGUCUUUCAUUCUCUUAGUUCUGUCAUGCCUGGUAGUUUCGGUUGCAUUUAGUCUGAAUGAUAUUCUGCUCUCGUGACUGUCUCUCUCUCUAUCUCUCUCUCUCUCUCUCUAUCUCCUUCUCUCUCUCUCUCUCUCUCUCUCUCUCUCGUUCUCUGUCUCUCGAUUUCUUCUCCCUCUCUGUUCAUAUUUUCUCACUCUCUCUGUCUCUCUCACACUCUCUCUCGCUUUCUCUCCCUCAUCUCAAAUGUAUUCACAUGAACGGCUGCUCUUUAAAGCCAUUAGAAUACUGUGCUCUCUCUCCAGUUAUGAAGUCCAUUUUCACAUCCACAUGAAGACCUUUGACAACACUACAGUCUCUCCUGCUGUGAUAAAAUGUUUUGAAGAAAAAAAAGUCUAAAUCCCCAUUCUAUCCACUCACCAUUACAUAUACAUUUGACAUUUUAGUCAUUUAGCAGACGCUCUUAUCCAGAGCGACUUACAGUUAGUGAGUGCAUACAUUAUUUUUAUAUUUUUCAUACUGGCCCCCCGUGGGAAUCGAACCCACAACCCUGGCGUUGCAAACGCCAUGCUCUACCAACUGGGCUACAGUUGCUGCCGGCCAUUCCCUCCCCUACCCUGGACGACGCUGGGCCAAUUGGCCGCCACCCCAUGUGUCUCCCGGUCGCGGCCGGCUACGACAGAGCCUGGAUUCUAGUGGCACAGCUAGCACUGCGUUGCAGUGCCUUAGACCACUGCGCCACUCGGGAGGGCAGGCUCUGGGUAGCCAGUAUGCAUCCUAAAUGACUAUAGGCAUUGGUCAAAAGUAAUGCACUAUAUAGGGAAUAGGGUACCGUGUGGGGCGCAUUCCCAAGUCAAAGAGACUGGGAUUACUUAAAAUGAAAAAUAUAUAGGAGAAGUGAACUUUAACCUUGCAUGUAAAAUGGGAUUGUUAUUGCUUAGCCCUGAAGGUAUUCUGAUUCAUCUUCUAGAGGAAAUAGUGUGUCUCUACUUGCCCCCCAGUAAGCUAUUUUUAUUUCUCCUUUCUUUUCACCUUUUGCAACCACACAAUCUAAUCCAGAACCUUAUCAAAGUAUGAAUGUGCUCACUUGAGUGUUCCUUUGAUGAAAGCAGUAAUGAUAUCGCCCCCACUUGAAUGUGGAGGCCCCCUCUUUGAGAGGGAAGGUAGUUUUGUUUUUCUGAUUAGAUUCUGGCAGCGCUCCCAAGGCCUCAUUUGAAUUAUAAAAAUUUAAAAAGGCUACCGUUGAGGCAGCGUUGAAUACGCUGAGUGUACAAAACAUUAAGAACACUCUCCUAAUUGAGGUUUGCCCCCCCUCAUGGACUCUGCAAGGUGUCGAAAGGAUUCCCCAGGGAUGCUGGCACAUGUUGACUCUAAUGCUUCCCACAGUUGUGUCAAGUUGGCUGAAUGCCGUUUGGGUGGUGGACCAUUCUUGAAAAAAUAAAAAAUAAAAAAAUAUGCCAUUUAGCAGACGCUUUUAUCCAAAGCGACUUACAGUCAUGCGUGCAUACAUUUUUGUGUAUGGGUGGUCCCGGGGAUCGAACCCACUACCUUGGCGUUACAAGCGCCGUGCUCUACCAGCUGAGCUACAGAGGACCACAGGAAUACACACAGGAAACUGUUGAGCGUGAAAAAUCCUUCUUUAACCUUGUCUCCUCCCCUUCAUCUACACUGAUUGAGGUGGAUUUAACAAGUGGCAUCAAUAAGGGAUCAUAGCUUUCACCUGGAUUCACCUGGUCAGUCUAUGUCAUGGAAAGAGUAGGUGUUCAUAAUGUUUUGUACACUCAGUUGGGCAGUUACCAGCCUCAUUCUUUCUCCCACAAUCUAUUCCAGAGUACCUGCUGCAGCAACAAACAUAGCAACUUUCAUUUCCUUUUUUGGAAAUGGAGUGGAAGAGAAGUGGGGGUGGGGGGGGGGCUCCACACAAAGAAAUGAUUUCAUGUUAUUUUGGAGAGCAGCUUGAACUCCUGUAAGACCAAUGAGAAUGGAACUGCAGAGUGGUGUUUUCAGGACAAACAGGGGGGGGGGCGAGAGAAGAGAGGAGAGAGGGUGAGAGAUGAGAUGGAAGGGAGGGGUGAGGGAGGACGGGAGAGGAGAGGAGAGUGAAGGCAGGCUAAGGGGGGUCGAAAGAUGAGGAGAGAGCAAGAAAGAUAGGGAGGCCGACGGAGGGUGAGAAAGGGGUGAGAGAUGAGAGGCGAGAGAGAAGACAGGGAGGCAGGGUAAGGGAUAAGGGAGGGGGACAGAUGAGCGGAGAGGGAGAGGUUGAAAGAGAGAGUAAGGGAUAAAAGGGGAGGGUGGCAGGGUGAGGAAGAGGUGAGUGAAGGGUUAGGGGGCUUAGGCAUCCGGCGAAAAGGACUCCGGGAGACAGGAAUAUAAUAAUGUGGGGUUAUCUGUUAGCCUGUUGUGUGUUCCUCUGAACACGUCAUCCUGGUUCAUAUUAGAACAGAUGUACUCUAGUCCAGGUCAGCCCAGGUCACUAAGCCAGGACCCUGAGAUACAGACUUACAAUGUAGGAUCUCUGUGUGUGGGUUUGUGGGUAUUUUGUAAGUGCCAACAUUCCAACUCUACCUAGGUUGUGAUCCAGGGUGUAUUGUUGUAAUUAAUCCUUGCUGUGUUUGUGCCUGCGUUUACGCACCCGUUUGUGUGUGUGUCCUUAAUGUUUGUGUGUGUGUUUGUGUGUAUGUGUGUGUUAACUAUCUAUAACCUGCUGCUGUAAACCCUCCAGAUACCCGUACCUGUGGCAUGGCCAACUGCCAGUACGGCUGUGAGGUGCUGAAGGGAGAGGUGCGCUGCCAGUGCCCGUCGCCAGGGCUUCAGCUGGCGCCGGAUGGAAGAACCUGUGUGGGUAUGUUCUGUUCUAGUGUUAAAUAUAUCAGCACGCACGUAAGCGACACACACACAACAAGGUGUGUGAGCCUUAUUCAAUUAUUCAAUGUCAGAAGCGUUACAUAUUUUAUUUUUUCAAAGUCUUGUCAGCCUUUGAAUUUGCCGAAAUUUGGUUGCCACAGAGCUCGAUAAAAUACCUUUGGCAGCAAUGAAAACACGAUAUAGAAAUAUCAAAUUAGACCCUGAACGGGGAAGACAGCAGCAGGGAGAAAAACCUACCUGAUAUUCUCAAACACUCUUCACUUUUUGCUUGUCCAUUGGCAUUCUGAUAGUCCUUGACAACCUCAACGGUGAUUCCCUCUCUCUCUCACGCUCUCUCUUUUUCUCUAUCGCUCUCUCUUUCUCUCUUUCUGAGCUACUAAUUACAUUUUUACUACGUGGAGACUGCAUAAGGGCCUUUCUUAAUGAAGGUGACUGACUGAAGUUCACUGGGAGUAAAACGACCAGGGAUCUCUCUCUCUCUCUCUUUUAAAUGCCACCACUCAGAUGAGUAAAUCUCAGAUGGACAAAUUGAAGCAGUUCAUCCGUGUCACAUCUAAAUGCAGGCUCUGUCGAUUGGCUCAGCUUAAAUACAAGCUCUGUCGAUUGGCUCGGCUGAGCCUUCCGGCGAUGCACACUAGUCACAGUUUGAGACUGAGGGGAGGCAGGGGGGGUGUGGCUUCAAAACAGAGGCACAUCAAUCAUUGUUGUAGAAGGAGAGAGAGGUUCCUAGCCCACAGGUGUUACAACGACUCUGGAAAUAUUUGAGGAGACCCCUUGAACCCUUUUCGGAAAGAGGAGUUUUUUUUUAUGGAAGAGGGUGUCUGCUUUAAAUCAACACUAAGGUCAAGGGUCACCAGAUAGAGUUGAUAGCUGUUCCAGGGUAGGAUGAUUUGGAUGAGUUAUAUGUCUGGUCCAGUCUACUAGUCGUGUUGUUCCUCUGGCAACUGAAGAAGCCUAUGGCAAGCCCAUGGCAAGCCCAUGUCAAAUCCCUCAGAAACUGCUAAAUAAAUCAGAAAUGCAAAAAUUUGACGUGGGCUAGGCCUAUAUUGACAAGCGAUGGAGAUUGAGAGGCGAGAAACAUGUUGAGGACAAUACGCUAUGAUUAAUGAGUAAUCCUGGGAUUAAUGAGUGCUAAUUAAUGAUUAACUCCUGCGAUUUUUGGAUUGUUCCAGAAACUAGACAGCUUCAUAUUUCAUUUUUCCUUCUCAUAAAAAUGGCCAAUUAAUCAAAGGGUUUGUCAGCAGAAAAAACAGCUAUCCAGAACUGAAUACAAGCCGAUAAACACUAAAUACGAAGUGAUUGAAUGAAACGGCACUGUUCUUUCUAGACGACCAGUUAUUUUCAUGGGUAGGUUUUCAGACAGAAAAGCAAUGGUUGAUUGGAAACCUUGUACACAUUUUGGCCUAUUGUAGGCUACUCUAUAGUAUGCAUCCAUCUUUCUCUUAGACUCUCCAUAACACUGUAUGUUUCAAGUUGGCGUAACUGUCAGAGUUGUUUCAAUCAUGCAACAUUUUACAGCACAUUAAAUAAAAUAGACUCACCAAAGCCAGUAGUCCUUUCAAUGUAUUCCUACCCAUGUAGCUACAGAGGUGAUUUGAGUCUACCCUGACAGAAUAAGCUCUUAAAACCUUCACAACCUUGGUGUGUAUUGUUCUGAUCGUAGGAUUUAAUGCAUAAUCGGCUUUCGUUCGUGUUUGAAUAAACCCAAAAGAGAGAAAAGUCCUGUGAAAGAGAGGAAGUGCUGUUCUUUUGAAAGAUGCAGAUUAAACUGUAGGCUAUAUUUAUGGAUUUAUUCAUUUAAUACAUACAAUAUGCGUUGAUGUGUUGCUAGCCAACCUUACACAUAGAUAAUUAUAUUUCCAUUGAUUUACAUGGAUAUAUAUGGCUUUGGUAUAGGUAAAACUAUAUGUAUAUUAAUAAUGAAUUGAAACCCUGAAGAAGGUAGGCUAGCUGAUUUAAACGUUGGUAUUUAUUACAUGUAUUGAAUCAGAGCCAUGAUAUUGUACAGCCCUCCCUUCUUAGUAUUAAUACCUCUCCUUCUAAGUAUUAAUAAAUAAUAAACUCUGAACUGUAGUUUAAUCUGUAAUGUUCUUACUUUCAGAUGUGGACGAGUGUGCGACCGGCAUGGCCAUGUGUCCCCGGUUCCGUAAGUGCAUCAACACCUUCGGGAGUUACAUCUGCAAGUGUCACGAGGGCUUCGACCUGCAAUACAUCAACGGGAAGUACCAGUGCGUAGGUACGUAAUGAGGUCAUCCAAGCUUCCACACGCCUUACCUGGGGUUUAAGGGUCAAAAGGUCAACAGACAGGCUUGUUGAAAUGUUGUGACCCAUCACUGAGUCAUCGCGUCUGGAGCGCAGGUGUUGUUUUUACAUUAAUUAUUUUAAGAGAGAGAUAAGAAGAAAGAGAGAGAGGGUGGGGGAGAGAGAGAGAGAGGGGGAGGGGAAAGAAAGAAAGAAAGAGCAUUACCUUUCUUUCUUUCUUUCUUUCUUUCUUUCUUUCUUUCUUUCUUUCUUUCUUUCUUUCUUUCUUUCUUUCUUUCUUUCUUUCUUUCUUUCUUUCUUUCUUUCUUUCUUUCUUUCUUUCUUUCUUUCUCUUUCCCUCCCUCCCUCCCUCAUACUCAGCUGUGUGGUUCUCCUGUCUUUCAGAUGUGGAUGAGUGCUCCUCAGGCCAAAACCACUGCAACAGUUUCGCCACCUGCUAUAACACGCCUGGCUCCUACAAGUGCAAGUGCAAAGACGGCUACAGGGGGAUGGGCCACGACUGCAAACGUAAGCUGGGCCACUGAAUGGCCCCACGGCCCCUCUCUUUUUAAAGGGGACAGGGCCCCCCUUUUUUAUUUUAUUUGGUCGUGUUUUUUUGAAGGCUGGAGGGUUGAAGAGAUUACGGGUAGGAAAAGUAGUCUGCAACUUAAGAGCAAUGGGCUGAAAUUCUUGUCUUUUGUAAUGGCUGUCACUCAUGAGUGAGAUAACCCCCGCCCCUUACCGUCUGGUACGGUCUUAAAGAGCGUCGACUCCGUCUUGACGUCUGGCCAUUGUGAUCUUUAAAGACAAAAAAAAAAAAGGGUCAGUCAAACAUCUCAUUCUUUUACUUCUUCGUCUGGCUGGUGUCUCCUUCCACUAACUUGACAGACCACUCUGAUGCCUGUCUCUUUUGUCUUUGUUGUCGCUGUUCACACAGCGGCUCAAUGGCAAAAGAAAAGUAAUCUAUUAUCAUUAUAUCCCCAGUAGUUUAAUCUUUUGACUGAACUGCUGUACGCCAGUCAGUGUCUGCAUCCCAAAUGGCACCCUAUUCCCUAUAUAGUGCACUACUUUGGACCAGAACGCUUAUAUGCCCUGGUCAAAAGUAGUGCACUUUAUAGGGAAAAGGGUGCCGUUUGGGAUGCUGCCAGUGUAGCUAGCAGCACACAGAACCCUCCCUCCCGCCUAGAGCACUGGCAGAAUCCCGACACUGGUAUUUGAAACAAUCUGUCGCCUUACCGUUCGGUGUGAUACAGAAGUGGCUUGAGGGGGAGAGGGUUGAUUUGCGAUAUCCUAUUUGUGUGUCACAUAUCAAAGCCCCUCUGUAACCCGAGAAAGCGUGAGCCGAGACUCUCUUUGAGGACUCUCUUUGAGAAGCCCCACACCCCUACCCUCACCCCCCUUCAGUCCUCAAUCAUGAAGCCCUUUUUCCUCAAGUUGUCCCUAAAUGCCUUUUCUACUCUGCCCUCCGACCUGUGGAAUGUGAGGACGUACAAUAGGAGAUGGGUCUCGUGUCUCUCCUUUAUGACACCAGAGGCUUUGUGGGUGAUCCUAAGGCAGGGAUUUUUAUAGGUGUGGUUGGUAUCACUCCACACAGGAAUACCAGCUAGCUGUCUGGCUGGCUGGCUGUCUGGCUUUCUAGCUGUCUGUCUGGCUGUUUGGCUGUCUGUCUGGCUUUAGCUCAGGGCUGAGAACUCUUGACUAAAAGCAACAGAGAGAAGGGUUAAUGUCUAUUUGGAAUAGAGGGAGCUGCUCUAUCAGGGGAUAAAGUGGAAAUGAACGUUACAAAAUGAAGACGGGUGAUUUUACUGAUGAGAGUGUAAUGCGUCUUGAUUAUAUGGGAAUGAUUUGGUUUCAAAGAUAAGAUCUUUAAAGUCCCUUAAUGAGGGGAAGUAUGCUUUAUGGAUACAGAGAUAAAGCUGGUUGCUUGGUUACUCAGGUAAAGUCAUUGCAGAUGAAAGAGCUGGCCUUUCUUUCAAAGGGUCAGUUGGUCACUGUAGUCACCACCUCUUAAUGUCUCAUUAACACCGAAGCAUUCAGGAUGGUGUUCAUUAAGCACCAAACAGAGAAAAUAAAUACACUGAAACAGGGAGGGACUAUCUGGACACCUCCAAUUAGAACCGCACAUUUGUUUUCUGUUGCAAAACAUUUUCAAAUGUUUUUAUGUUGCAUUCCCUAAUGAACACAACCCAGAUUUCAGUUGUCAAUCCAUUUCCUGUCUUCUUUUUCCUUCCAGCCAUUCCCAAGGUGGUCAUCGAUCCCCCCAGGUUCCCCCCGAACCACCACAACAUUAUCCCUGACUCAGACCGAAAGAGGACCACCACCACGAUCCGACCGCCCAUGACCGCCAAGAGAGUCACCCCCACCACCCCCAAAAGAACCACAACCACUCCCAAACCAACAACUACCACUACCACUACUACUAGAGCACCUACUACAGCCACACCACCACCACCACCCCCACCUCCUCCAAGAACGAUGCCCCCCGCCCCUCGUAAGCCAGUGGUCCCCACGAGACGACCAAUCAUACCCACCAGGAGACCCCCUGUGGUCACCCGUAAGCCAUACGUGCCCCCACGGCGUCCCCCCAUCCCCUCUCCACCGCCCCCCACCCGCAGGACACCCCCUGUGGUGCCCACCCGCCGCCCGCCACCCCCAAAACAGCCCGAGCCGGUCACCCCAGUACACAACACCAUCGAGAAGGAGGUCACCAAACAGAGAGGCGACGUCCACAGUAAGUCUGCUUUUUUGUUUUGCUUGAGAUUUACAUUGACUGUUAUGCGUGUGUGUAUAGCAUCCAUAAACUUCUGAAUUUCCACCUCAGCUACUUUUCAGCAGAUUUGAUUGGGAGAUUUGAUAAAAAAUAUAAAUAUGUGGUCAAGUUAUCUUGAAAAGAUGCUUGACAAGUUUCUGCAAACCGGAUGUGACCACAUUUGCAUAUCCAUAUUUAUUUCAGUCGCUUCGUAAUAUAUCAGGCAUGAUUGUGAAAUAUGUCCAUCCGACCAUCCCCAAUGACAGAACGAAAACACUUCACAGCAAAUCAGUUGUGAAGCGGUCCAGAGAAAAUGAAGUGUGUAUUAUUAUUAUCUUAACCCAUUUUCAACAGAAACUGGAGAACAUCUGAAUGCCAUUGAACUGAGGGGGUUUGUCAGUCUUUUGCCAAAGUAUAGUCUACUAUCUAUCUAGGCCAGUACAGGGGUGGCAAUAGAGGAUAGAGAAACAUUAUUUUAACACAGUUAAAGGGGAAUGGAAACACUUUAGGAAGUCAAUCUAAAUCCUAGUGUUUCCAUUCCCCUUUAAGGGCUCACCAUAUGAUAAUACCGUUUGCAAUGCAGUUAUUGACAAUAAUUCACCUAGUUGUUAUUGUACCAGACUUGACCUUACACAGUUAGCCUGCACUAGAACACACUAGCGUGGUACCAGAUCUGUCUUGUCAACUCCAAUGGUCAGUGUGACGUUAUAAACAGAUCUGCAAUCAGGCUAAUACUGGAUUACAAAAAUGUAAAAAUCACAGUGCCCAUUUGAACACUGUUGAUUAAAAGUCAUCGCCAAGGCCCUCUGACAUCAAUAGCCUGUGAGGAUGAAAGGGUGGCGGUGCAGCAGUCAUUGUGCAUGCUGGGAGGUGAGAUCGUGUUUCCCACCGACCUAGCCAGAUGGCCUCACAUAAUUAGAAAAUUAAAAAACUAGGAGGUAGAUUGCAUUCACAUCAGUUUGCAUUAUUUGGAGGACGACAUCAAUUUAUUCAGCAGAAUAGCCUCGGAGAAUGUCUUUGAAAUGUGUUGUUUGAAUAAGACGAGCGGGAGAGGAAAGGAUGUUGCCCUGGCGAUAUCAAUAGAAUAUUUUAAUUGGAUUGUGAUUCAAGAGGACAAGAAUGAUCGUCAAAGCAUAAGGAACUUGUCUGAUUAAAGUGGUUCAGAACUCGGAGGCAUCAGCUUGUUUGUACUGUAUGAUUUUGUUUACUUUUAGUAAAAUAAAUUAAAUUACGUUUAAAAAAAAUUGUAAAGUAAAAGUUAACUUUUAGUACUUUUAGCUCGGAAUUGGGAAUCUGCAGAUUGCCCUGUAAUUGUCUUGUUGCGAGCGCUAACCACUUUCUUGGCCCUGUUCGAAUCAUUUUGAAGAUGCAUCCUCCCUUCCAUUCCUUCCUUGAAGUGAUCACAGCAAAGAAGUACCCCAGGAAAACUCUGUCUUCUUACCCACACAAACAUUUCAGAAAUGUGUCACCAUCGGCUGAUCAUAUUCCUCUUUAAAGGGAUAGUUUUCCAGGUUUUUUUCCCCAAUCUUAAUUGUUUUAUUACCUCAAGAGUGUAAACACAGAUAUUCUGGAGUGCUAUUGUUGCAAUAUAAGUAUGAUUUUGGAACAGAAGUGUUUUCCAAUGAUUUUUUGUCCCACGUUCAUUCUCACAUCCCAGGCAUUCUUUAUUUCACACAGCUUUUCAUAAAGCUUUGAUUUCAAUUCUAAUACAAACCCUUCACUUCUCUUGAGGUAAGAAAACAAUUAUGAAUUGGGUAAAAAUCCAGAAAACUAUCCCUUUAAGACACAUUGAAAAAGCCUGUGCUUGUCUUGGUUGACAGAGUAUAUGAAAAUCCCCCCUUGAGUUUUUAGCCCUAUCGACUGCCCAAAUAUUUGCCACUAAAUUAAACAAGACAGGGUCAAGAGGAGCGCUAGCGACAAGGACAGCUAACACAGUGGAGUAAACCCGAUUUAUUAAGCGUGGGAGUGCAGCUGCUGGCCGAGGGAGAUUGAUUCCCUGAAGAAAUACUUAGCCCUUUGUUUCUCACAGUGUAAAGUGGCACUUUACACUAUAGUGUCCAACUGCCAGGGUCAAAUACAUUUCUGCUAUUGUCGUGUUAAUGGAAGAGAAACGCUAGCCUGGUCCCAGGCCUGCUUAUGCUGUCUUGCCAAUUCCUAUGGUGAAAGGAGUUGGCAAGUCAGCACAAACAGAUCUGAAACCAGGCUAUCUGAACAGUAUGUGUUUAUACAAACAUUGACCAGUUGCCAUUCAUCCUGUGAGGUGACUUUAAUUCACAACAAAGCUAAGCUGGACAAACAAAGCUAGUUUUGUUGCUGCUACAUUCACACCUUGCAGGUUAUUGUUAACCUGACACCCAUCCAGCCAACUUGGCUGGGAGUAGCAUAGCCUUAGAGAAAAUAACAUUGACAGGCUUCAGUAGGGCAGACCUGGGUUGAAAUUGUAUACUGAACAAAAAUAUAAACGCAACAUGCAACAAUUUCAACGAUUUUACUGAGUUACAGUUCAUAUAAGGAAAUCAGUCAAUUGAAAUGCAUUCAUUAGGCCCUGUUUUAUGGAUUUCACAUGACUGGGCAGGGACGCAGCCAUGGGUGGGCCUAGGAGGGCAUAGGCCCACCCAGUGGGGAGCCAGGUCCAGCCAAUCAGAAUGAGUUUUUCCCUACAAAAGGGCUUUAUUACAGACAGAAAUACUCCUCAGUUUCAUCAGCUGUCCGGGUGGCUGGUCUCAAAUGAUCCCGCAGAUGAAGAAGCCGGAUGUGGAGGUCCUUGGCUGGCGCGGUUACAUGUGGUCUGCGGUUGUGAGGCCGGUUGGAUGUACUGCCAAAUUCUCUAAAACAACAUUGGAGACAGUCUUAUGGUAGAGAAAUUAACAUUCAGUUCUCUGGCAACAGAUCUGGUGGACAUUCCUAUAGUCAGCAUGCCAAUUGAGUGCUCCCUCAAAACUUAAGACAUCUGUGGCAUUGUGUUGUGUGACAAAACUGCACAUUUAAGAGUGGCCUUUUAUUGUCCCCAGCAUAAGGUGCACCUUUGUAAUGAUCAUGCUGUUUAAUCAGCUUCUUGAUAUGCCACACCGGUCAGGUGGAUGGAUUAUGUUGUCAAAGGAGAAAUGCUCACUAACAGGGAUAUAAACACAUUUGUUCACAACAUUUGAGAGAAAUAAGCUUUUUGUGCGUAUGGAACAUUUUCGGGGAACUUUUAUUUCAGCUCCUGAAACAUGGGACCAACACUUUACAUGUUGCGUUCAUAUUCUUGUUCAGUAUAUUUGCUUUCUUUCAAAACGAUUUAAUCUCUUUUGAUUGAGCCUGCAUGGAGUGCCAUGUGGGCUGUGUUUACAUUUUAACGAUCAUUCCAUUGGUUGCAUUGUGCUAGGCUGUUUCUCAACAUUGACCCAGCUGAAGGUGGUUCCAUUGUGCUAGGCUGUUUCUCAACAUUGACCCAGCUGAAGGUGGUUCCAUUGUGCUAGGCUGUUUCUCAACAUUGACCCAGCUUCAGGUGGUUCCAUUGUGGUAGGCUGUUUCUCAACAUUGACCCAGCUGAAGGUGGUUCCAUUGUGCUAGGCUGUUUCUCAACAUUGACCCAGCUGAAGGUGGUUCCAGUGUGCUAGGCUGUUUCUCAACAUGACCCAGCUAGGUGGUUCCAUUGUGUAGGCUUUUUACAUUGACCCAGCUGAAGGUGGUUCCAUUGUGCUAGGCGUUUCUCAACAUUGACCCAGCUGACAGUGGUUCCAUUGUGCUAGGCUGUUUCUCAACAUUGACCCAGCUGACAGUGGUUCCAUUGUGCUAGGCUGUUUCUCAACAUUGACCCAGCUGAAGGAGGUUCCAUUGUGCUAGGCUGUUUCUCAACAUUGACCCAGCUGAAGGUGGUUCCAUUGUGCUAGGCUGUUUCUCAACAUUGACCCAGCUGAAGAUGCCUACAUACAGGGCACUACACUCUUAGAAAAAUGGUUCCAACCAAGGGUUCUGCAGCUGUCCCUGUAAGAUAACCAUUUUUGGUUCCAGAUAGAACUAUUUUGUGUGCCAUGUAGAACCCUCUGGGUUUCUACAUGGAAUCCAAAAGGGUUCUACCUGGAACCAAAAGGGGUUCUUCGAAGGGUUCUCCUAUGGGGACAGCAGAAUAACCCUUUUUGGUUCUAGAUAGCUCCAUUUUUCUAAGAGUGUACAGUAGCAGACUCAACUAAUGUAGCUCCCAGGGAGGUCCUUCCCUUCCCCCCCCCUUUUCCCCCCUCCUUGGCCUGGAUACGUCUAUGGCCUGGAUGCCUGGCAUUGCUGGAGAGCCUGGUGUCUUAACAGGGAAUCUGUGCACAGCCCUCUGCUUCCUGAUUCCACAGACAGACAGGCUGACGUGCUACAUCAAUGUCAGGUCAGGUGUGGCCCAAGCUAGCGGCUAACACUGGGGUAAAUUAAGUAGACUGCUAGGACACAAGCUGGGGAGGGAGAGCCAGGGGUUAGAGUUCAGAGGUCAAGUGUCGCGCUUGUGGAACUGUAUCAGUGUAUCGUACCCAAAUUGAGAUGUCGGCAAUUACGUUUUAUCGAUCCUAUUUUUCUUUGAUGAUAACAUGCGUGUUAUCACCAGAUUUUGUAGUUGUCAAAAUGUAAUUUUUCAUAGGCUCCUUAAUCUAAAAAUCAUGUUUGACAAGUUAAACCUGGUCAAUAGACCUUUGAGCGACAUUGAGUUAGACAGGAAGUACUGUGUUUCCCCAUGUUUCCAUUUGACCUGUGACCUUUUAGCAGGGGGGCGGCUUGGCAUUUCAGUAUUUAAGGCAGUAUGACCACAGUUAUGUCAGUAGAGACUGAGGGUUAUUUCAGUAGUGGCUGUGUCACUGUGCCACGACAGAGGGGCCCCAGGGUCGUGUGUGUGUGCGUGCGUCCCAGCAUUUACACGGCAAUUGCAUCAGAAACAGCUGAAGAUACCCCCCACUCUUGACCCCCCCCCCCCCCCCCCCCCCCCCGCCCACACACACAUACACACCUCCACCACACCCUCGCUCUGUGACUGCCAAUCAAAUGGCCUGAAUUAGCAGAGUUGAGUACAGUAGACAGAAUGGACCUAAUAUAUACAGUGUACUGCAGUGUAUGAAUGUAUUUUUGUUCUAAUUCAUCAAAAAACACAGAGUCCAUUUGUGUUUUGUCUCUAUCCAAAUGAUAUCGUUUUUUUUUUAAGGUUUGAUAGUGAUUUUCAUGCUCUUAUAAAGAGUUGGUCAAACCUGUCUGAGAACGUAUUCAACUGCCUGGUAGGUGUGCUGAAUAACAGCCAAAUAUCCCAGAGGAUAUUGCUCUUCUCCCUACUAUAUAUCAUUAUCAACAAAAUAGCUCUUUUUUAUUCUCUGUCCAUGUAGCACACACACACACACACACACACACACACACACACACAUACACACAGUCUUGUACAGCUAACCUUGUGGGGAAACACAAUUCAGUCCCAUUCAAAAUCCUAUUUUCCCUAAACCUAACCCUAACCCGUACUCUUACCCUUACCCUAACUCUAACCUUAACCCAAAAACCUAACCUUAACCCUAAACCUAACCCUAGCACCUAACCCUAAAACCAACCCUAGCUCCUAACCCUAACCCUUAUCAUAAUUCUAACACUAAUUCUAACCUUAACCCUAAACCCCCUAUAAAUAGCAUUUGACCUCGUGGGUACUAACAAAAUGUCCCCAGUUGGUCAAAUUUUGGUUCGUUUACAAUUCUUGUGGGGACUUCUGGUCCCCACAAGAAUAGUUAAACACGUCCACAUACACACGCACGCACGCACGCACGCACACACGCACACACGCACACACACACACACACACACACACACACACCACACACUUUUAUGAAUUUGGCUAAUACCUCUUGAUUUCUCUUUUUCUCUUUGCUCCCCUAGUUCCACGUAACAAUGGUCACAACACCGUCUUGGGGGUGGACUUUGACAUUGAGCUGGGCAACACGGCCGACGAAGCGAAGGAUGACGCAGGUAAACAGAAACAUUUGUCAAACCCUAACCAUCUCCACGCUUCCUAACACUUCCUACAGAGGACGUAGCUCAAACGAUGAUGGACGAGUUCAAUUCGCCAGCCCAGAUUAAAUUCUGCAGUGUUCUGCAACGCUUUGGAAAAAGGCUGCAAAGGGAAAGAUAUGAUAGUGGACCAGGUGUGUUUUUGAUGCGCUGUCACGGGAAAGUGACAGGUGAAAUUCAUCCUGCUCAUUUAUAUGAUACCUACCCAGAAUGCAUUGCUUCAUGAUUGAUUGAUUGAUUGGUUGAGUUGAAGGUUUAAUGUACCGAUCACAGGAGGUUGGUGGCACCUUAAUCGGGGAGGACGGGCACGUGGUAAUGGCUGGAGCGGAAUCGGUGGAAUGGUUUCCAUGUGUUUGACGCCAUUCCAUUUGCUCCGUUCCAGUCAUUAUUAUGAGCCGUCCUCCCCUCAGCAGCCUCCACUGGUACCGAUGCGGCAGUUAGACAAACACACUGACGCACGCACACACACACACUUGAAUAAGGAAGAGCAGUGUAUGCUUUGUACUUGAGAGCAUUAUACACCACAUCUGGGGCUUGCUUAUGUGUUUUAUUGAUGUCAAUAGAACACUAUUUCAAUUGCCUAAUGAUUCCACUAUGGGCUUAUAUUGGCUCUCCGUACUUCAUCAGAUCAGCGGUUUGCCAUGGAACAGGGCUUUCAUCGGCUCAGAGAAUGAUCCUGCGGUGCUUUUCACAACCCUAUUUUCAGGGUCAAAUUGAUGAAUGCUAGUUUCAUCUCAGACCCAAUUUGUACUUGCGACGCAUGAAUUAAUAUGGCUUAUGUCCAAAACAAAUAAAUCUAAAUCAAGAUGAUCAUUCGUAUUCGAUUACUCACUGACAUGACCACAACGUAUUUGUUGAUGGUUUAUGGGGAGAAGCUAAAUUAAAUGAUGAUGUGGCUGACACACUUCGAUGAUCAUGCACACACACACAGAUGGAACACGCGCACACACACACGCACAGAUGCGAAUACACGAUGCAUUCACACAAGCACACAAGCAUACACACACAAGCACACACACAAAUCCACACACAUUAUGUAGUGAAAUGAAGGCUUACUUCAGAUCAUUCCCAUUUCAUCCAUCACGGCGCUCUCAGUCCACCGCUCUAGAGAAAUCAAUAUUUGCUGUUCUUGUUCGUUCACCACCUUUCUACGUCUUUCACAUCUCCUGUAAGUUCUUUCAUGUACAUAAGAGAGAAUGGAAUCUAUUUUGCAUCCGUUGGAAUCAAAGGCACACAGCAGGAGUGAUUUGAGCUACGUUCACGCAAGGAGAGCCUUUGUGUGAGCUACGUUCAAGCAAGGAGAGCCUUUGUGUGAGCUACGUUCAAGCAAGGAGAGCCUUUGUGGGGAAAAGGUACUUGAAAUAUGUGAAACAAUGUUGUUUAAAUUCGUCUUCAGAGGCUGGCUACCUGAGCUGCUCCUUUGAUAACGGCCUUUGCGGUUGGAUCCGGGACAAAGAUGGCGACCUGCACUGGGAGACCACACCGGACCCAUCUGGUAAGAACCAGAGUUCACUUAUUUAGACUUUACUUUUUGCUAGCCAGAUUAAUGCAACCAGAUUAUUCUGGACAUCGCUAAAUAACUAGGUAAACAUUUUCUAAACUGUUCAGAGGAAACAACAUUUCCUUAGGGAAGGUGAAAAUGAGAUGCAUGUCAACUUCAAAAAAGUUAACUAACCCUUUAACCUCACUUUUGCAUUCAGAUACUAACAUUUAAAUGAUAAGCACAGAGAUUUUCUAUUCAUUUUAAAACAUUGGCUCUAAAAGUGUGUUGCUGGUUUUAUACUGGAAGGUCUGAUACUUGGUAGAACUAGCUGUGGUUAUUAUUCAUUAAAGAAACAAAUGCCUUUUGAAGCGACUGCAUUAUUCAACAGUAUUCAAAAUGUAGUCAUUGACAUCCCACUUCAAAACAAAACACUUGAUUACAGGAGGACAGUUGGUUUUUUGCAAUGGUUUCACUCAAUCAUAUGUCAAGAGUAAAUUUAAUUCAGCCUAGUCUGACUUUAUUUAGUAGUAUAACUUUAGAGUCCCAGGAGGACAGUUUGGGGGGUUUGCCAAAUUAAUUUCAAUGAGGACAAUAUUCUGUAAAACGGAGCUGCCAAUAAGAAAAGGAUGAAGCCAUCUGAUUGUGACACAUGCAACUGAAAACCAAAACCAGUGAUCUUAUUGGACAAUUUCAAGUAGCAUCUCCUUAGUUCUAAACGUUUUCCCCCGUUUUCUCCUAUUGAACACUACCCUGAUUGUGAUGUCACUUCCUCUUCCUCUUCCUCUCCACAGGUGGAAAAUACCUCACCAUCCCAGAGGUGGGCAACAAGAGGAGUGGGCGAGGGGCGCGCCUGGUCCUCCCGUUGACCCCUCCCUGGAACGACGGUAACCUGUGCCUGUCGUUCCGCCACAAGCUGGCAGGGCACCACGUGGGUAUGCUCCAGGUGUUUGUGAAGAAAGGGAAGCAGUACAGCCCGGCCGUGUGGGGAAGGACGGGAGGCAGCGGCUGGAGACAUACCCAGAUCACACUGUGGGGCAUGGGACUGGAGAGUGUGAGUAUACAGUAGAGUACACAUAUGAAUGAAUAAAGAAUGAAAGAGAGAGAGAGAGAGUAGAGAGAGAGAGAGAGCGAGAGCGACGAGAGCGGAUAGCAUAUAUAGGAGAGUAGGCUAGGAGCAUGCGCUAAUAUGAGACUAGAUAGCGAGCAUACGAGACUAUCUAGAUGUGAGAGCAGCGAUAUAGAUCCUGCUAUAUCAGGGCUUUAUUAUCUGAAGUAGAUUAGAUAGUCUAUCAUCUCUCUAUCAUACUAGAGCAUAGAACUCGAUCCUCUUCCUCUCGAUCUCUUCUAGUAGAGUGCCUCCUGAUUGGCGUAGCGGUCUAAGGCAGUGCUGAGGCGCCACUACAGCCUCGGGUUCCAUCCCAGGCUGUGUCACAGCCGGCCGUGCCCGGGAGACCCAUGGGGCGGUGCACAAUUGGCCCAGCAUCGUCCGGGUUAGGGGAGGGUUUGGCUGGCCGGGAUUUCCUUGUGGCGGGCCGGGCGCCUGCAAGCUGCCUUUGGUCAUCAGUUGGACGGUGUUUCCUCCAUUGUCAUCAUGGUACAGGACAGGCUUCACAGAUAUUUAAGAGGAAGCGUUGUGUCAAAAGCAGUGCGGCUUGGCAUGGUCAGUGUUUACAGAGGUACGCUAUGGCUAAUCGCCUUCGCAUCUCCGAGUCGUGUAAGGGGAGUUGCAACAGAUAACUAGAUCGUAACUAACAAUUGGAUAUCAGAGAACAGGGGUAAGAGUACAAACAUAUACAUAAUAGAGAGUUAAAGCAGUAUACAGUAGUAUAUAGAGUAUAAAGCAGUAUACAGUAGUAUAUAUAGAGUAUAAAGCAGUAUACAGUAGUAUAUAGAGAGUGUAAAGCAGUAUACAGUAGUAUAUAAAGCGUGUAAAGCAGUAUACAGUAGAUAAUAGAGAGUGUAAAGCAGUAUACAGUAGUAUAGAGAGUUAAACGAUACGUGUAAAGAAGUGAAAGCAGUAUACAGUAGUAUAUGAAAGCGUGUAAAGCAGUAUACAGUAGUAUAUAGAGAGUAUACAGUAGUGUAUAGAGUAUAAAGCAGUAUACAGUAGUAUAUAGAGAGUGUAAAGCAGUAUACAGUGGUAUAUAGAGAGUGUAAAGCAGUAUACAGUGGUAUAUAGAGAGUAUAAAGUAGUAUACAGUAGUAUAGAGAGAGUGUAAAGCAGUAUACAGUAGUAUAGAGAGAGUGUAAAGCAGUAUACAGUAGUAUAUAGAGAGUGUAAAGCAGUAUACAGUAGUAUAUAGAGAGUGUAAAGCAGUAUACAGUAGUAUAUAGAGAGUGUAAAGCAGUAUACAGUAGUAUAUAUAGUGUAAAGCAGUAUACAGUAGUAUAUAGAGAGUGUAAAGCAGUAUACAGUAGUAUAUAGAGAGUGUAAAGCAGUAUACAGUAGUAUAAAGAGCAUGUAAAGCAGUAUACAGUAGUAUAUAGAGAGUAUAAAGCAGUAUACAGUAGUAUAUAGAGUGUAAACCAGUAUACAGUAGUAUAUAGAGUAUAAAGCAGUAUACAGUAUUAUAAGAGAGAGUAUAAAGCAGUAUACAGUAGUAUAUAGAGAGUGUAAAGCAGUAUACAGUAGAUUAGAGAGAGUGUAAAGCAGUAUACAGUAGUAUAUAGAGAGUGUAAAGCAGUUUACAGUGGUAUAUAGAGAGUGUAAAGCAGUAUACAGUAGCAUAUAUAGAGAACACCUUCCAAAUAUUGAGUUGCACCCCCUUUUUCCCACAGAACAGCCUCAAUUCGUUGAAAGCGUUCCACAGGGAUGCUGGCCCAUGUUGACUCCAAUGCUUCCCACAGUUGUGCCAAGUUGGCUGGAUGUCCUUUGGGUGGUGGACCAUUCUUGAUACACACGGGAAACUGUUGAGAUUUAAAAACCCAGCAGCAUUGCAGUUCUUGACACACUCAAACCGGUGCGCCUGGCACCUACUACCACACCCCGUACAAAGGCACUUAAAUCUUUCGUCUUGCCCAUCCACCCUCAAUGUCAUACAUACACAAUUCAUGUCUCAAUUGUCUCAAGGCUUUAAAAUCCUUCCUCCCCUUCAUCUACACUGAUUGAAGUGGAUUUAACAAGUAACAUCAAUAAGGGAUCGUAGCUUUCACCUGGUCAGUCUAUGUCAUGGAAAGAGCAGCUGUUCCUAAUGUUUUUUAUACUCAAUGUAUAAAGUAUAAAGCAGUAUACAGUAGUAUGUCUGACACCAACAUCACACUUGACUUGUCUUUUCCAUCUGUGACUGACCUGUAGCAACAACUGGUACAUUGGUUAUUGGAGUGUAUGUUUGAAUCAUGGUUGUCCUCAAUUGAUGUUCUACUACUACGCUAUGGAGGAACUAUGAUUGUCGGAGAGUACCCUGUCGGAAAGUACCCUGGUGAAGAGCUCCUGGCUUUCUCCCUGGCUAACCAUCGAUGCCCGCCUCCUCUCAAGCCAUACCAGAAACUGCCUUUCUCCCUGACUAACCAUUGAUGCCCACCUCCUCUCAAGCCAUACCAGAAACGGCCUUUCUCCCUGGCUAACCAUCGAUGCCCCCCUCCCCUCAAGCCAAACAAGAAACUGCCUUUCUCCCUGGCUAUCCAUCGAUGCCCCCCUCCCCUCAAGCCAUACCAGAAACUGCCUUUCUCCCUGGCUAACCAUCGAUGCCCCCCUCCCCUCAAGCCAUACCAGAAACUGCCUUUCUCCCUGGCUAACCAUCGAUGCCCCCCUCCCCUCAAGCCAUACCAGAAACUGCCUUUCUCCCUGGCUAACCAUCGAUGCCCCCCUCCCCUCAAGCCAUACCAGAAACUGUCUUUCUCCCUGACUAACCAUCAAUGCCCCCCUCCUCUCAAGCCAUAGCAGACUGCCUUUCUCCCUGGCUAACCAUCGAUGCCCCCCUCCUCUCAAGCCAUAGCAGACUGCCUUUCUCCCUGGCUAACCAUCGAUGCCCCCCUCCCCUCAAUCCAUAGCAGACUGCCUUUCUCCCUGGCUAACCAUCGAUGCCCCCCUCCCCUCAAGCCAUACCAGAAACUGCCUUUCUCCCUGGCUAACCAUCGAAGCCCCCCUCCCCUCAAGCCAUACCAGAAACUGUCUUUCUCCCUGACUAACCAUCAAUGCCCCCCUCCUCUCAAGCCAUAGCAGACUGCCUUUCUCCCUGGCUAACCAUCGAUGCCCCCCUCCUCUCAAGCCAUAGCAGACUGCCUUUCUCCCUGGCUAACCAUCGAUGCCCCCCUCCCCUCAAGCCAUAGCAGACUGCUUUUCCAUACUACCUUGGUCUGAAGCUGACUAGUCACAUUCCAUUUUGAUAAUUAGUUGUACCAGUUUUUUUGUUUUGUUUUUGCUUCUCAAGUGCUUUGAGAUUACAUUUUGUAAUGAAAAGUGCUAUAUAAGCUAAAUAACGUAUUUCUUGUACUGCGUUGUUGUUCCCAGGUGAUCCUGAAGGGGGAGCGCGGGCGCGGCCGGAGCGGAGAGAUGGCUGUGGAUGACAUCACCUUGAGAAAAGGCUCCUGCACCGAUGAGCACAAUCUGAAGAGCCAUUAAUACACACAGCAGAGAGAGAGACAGAGAAAGAAGGAAGGAAAGGUGUGGAGAGGAGAUAGAGCCCAGGGAGGAGCAGACUCUGAUUGGACCCCCAUACAGGGUCCAAGAGCACCUCUGGGGAGAAGGGGCAUUUCUGUCUGCCUGUCCACCAACAAGAGGACUGCACCAAACCUGUCCACCAAUUACAAGACUGUACCAAACCUGUUCACCAAUAAGAAGACUGAACCAAACCUGUCCACCAAUAAGAAGACUGAACCAAACCUGUCCACUAAUAAGAAGACUGAACCAAACCUGUCCACCAAUAAGACUGAACCAAGCCCGUCCACCAAUAACAAGACUGCACCAAAACUGUCCACCAGUAAGAAGACUGCACCAAACCACAUGGGAGAAAGAGGGUCCCCCAUGAGAUCCCCCACCACCCCUACCCUCUCUCUCCAACUCUCCAUCACCCGGUUCCUCACUAUUAACCUGUGCAUGCCCCGG